AGUUCAAUUGUUUUCAAUUCUAUAAAUACUUGCACAACAAGUAUUUGGCUAUUUUUGGAAAUACAAAUCUACACUUUCGGCCCCUUCUACUAUGGAGUUCAAAACAUCCAGCGCAGACACAGAUAAUGCGGAUAACUUCCAUAGCCGUGCAGAAAAGAUGCAGGAAAAUGUGUCAAAAUUCUAUGCAACCAUUAACGACAUUUCUAGGAACAUGCGAAAGGAUGAUUGGGCGUACCUUCAGCGGCAUCCAGAGAUUAGAGCCAUUAUUCGAGUUAUAGUGAGCGAGGCCGUUAAGGAGAAACCUGAAAAUAUAUAUUUCUUUGCGGCAGAGCUAUUUCAGUGCGAAAACGAGAAAAAAUUGGUUGAUUUGAUCAAUAAGCAACUCCAAUGGGUCAACGAACAACUGAGAGGAGGGGCUUGGAACCCGGCAGAUGGAAUUUUCAAUUUUCCCGAAUCUAGCGAAUCUGAAGUUGAGCAUAAAUGUCCAACUAAGCCGAUGCCCGGAAUGUUCAUUAAAGACGAACCUGAUUUAGUAUGUCCGGAAAAUUUUAGACCUAAAUGUAAUUAGUUUAAACUUCAGAUAAAACUAUAUAUUAUGCAAUCGUAAA